CUACUUAUCGUCGUGGAAUAAGGACGGCUACAAGAAAGUGUAUACACUGUACACGCUAUAUGUGCUGCAGAAAGAGGGAGAGAGACACGUCGCGAGAGACGAGGCGAUCUAUCAUGGCAGGCGCGGAGUGCGAGCCCCCCGCGCAGCUGGGGUGGAGGGGAGGGGCAGUUGUAGCCUCUAUACUGUACACUACUGCGUGCCUGGUGGCUCGACCAUGUUCAGGUGUAUAUAGCUGAGAGAGGAGAGGAAAGACGAUGGUUUUUACCUAAACAAACUCGAGGGACGGCGAUGCCUCGAACCUCUUCUAGCUCUGCGGCUGUUGCAGGCCCUCCAAUUUAAGGGUUUUCUUCCUGAAGAUUGUUUUUAUAUAUCCAUCACAAAUAAUGGCCAACGCUACGAUGCUACAACCAUCGGACUACAACUUGGCUUCCUUUUGUGUUUAUUUGGCGACCGCUGUAGUAUCGUAAAGUUCAGCUUACUCGCGUUGAUAUAUCUAUUUAUACGAUCAUAUGGUAUAGCGUCUAUAGCGCCGAGCAUAGUAGUACUACACCUGUGAGUCAAUUGGAAAAAUUAUGAAUGCAUAAACAAUUUAUUUCAAGACAAGGCGAGACCGUCGGAGCAAAAGCUAUAUAGUAGAAAAUAUUAAGUAUUGCAACAUGGAAUAUAGCUUGCGGUGAAGCGUGACGUCAUUGAGUUUUGGAAACAACAACAACAACAACACAAACUGUACAGCGUCAGUGUGUGAUCACAAACAUCACAUAGGCAGAGUUUUACCAACAAGAGGAUAUUUGAAAAAUUCAAUAAAUACUAACGAAAUGCAUCCGUAAUAAAUAACUGUCAAGUUCUUGUUGCGGCAGUGUAUAGCAAACGCGAAUUUUGUAUUACCGACCGAGGCCUCGCUGAAAAAAAAAAAUACAGCGCGCACACGAGGUUCGACUCCAGCAGCCGACAGUCUCUUAUCGCCCGGCCGCAAAAAACCGUGUCGAAAUCUCCCUCGCAUUCUAAGGCAGCCACUGUAGACUAUGCGCUGAACUCGCGCAAAUUCUAAUCUAUACGUACAAUACAACCGAGAAAACAUUCACUAUCUGUGAGUCAAUACAGUCGCAACUUUCGUCACGAGUGUAUCCGCGGGCACAAUCUCUUCUGCUCCGAAAUCAAACUCAAUCUCAUUCGGAUCUCGUGGGCGCGGGUUAUCGGUGAGAAAUACCUAUAUACCUCGAGACGAAGUUUAGGCGAGACGGCGAGGGAAAAGCUAUACGGGAAAUGCAGAAGCGCAUGCGUGUGUGUGCCUGGAUUUCGAAGUUAGUAUAUAACUUACAUUAUAACACGCGACUCGCUCGCACUGAUAAGGCUGCAGCUAUAUAGAUUUUUGGACUGUGCUCUCUUCUGCAUGGGAAAGUAGACAAGAGUUGAAUUGUGCAAAGGGACAUCAUCAUGUCACUGGAGAAUGUGCAGUCUGUAAGCAGCGAAAGCAUGAGCAACGUUAAGGAUGGAUUCAUUGACUUUGUCGCUGGAUCACUUGGUGGUGUUGCACUGGUUUACGUUGGUCAGCCACUGGACACAGUCAAAGUCAAAAUGCAAACUUUUCCAACAAUGUACAAUGGAAUGGUAGAUUGUUUUAUGAAAACUUUAAGGACAGAUGGAUUUGUAAGGGGCCUGUAUGCAGGAACUAUGCCAUCGGUUGUAGCCAAUGUAGCUGAGAAUUCAAUCUUGUUUGCAGCCUACGGUGGCUGUCAAAAAGUUGUAGCCAAUAUUAUGGGCGUUCCUAAAGUGGAAGAGUUAAGCUCAAUAGGAAAUGCAUGGGCUGGUUUCUUUGCUGCAUUUUUCUCUUCUCUCACACUGUGUCCCACAGAACUCAUAAAAUGUCGAUUGCAGGCAAUGAGAGAAGUGCAAAGCUAUGAAAAAGCUCCAGGGACAAAUGUGAAAUUUAUUGGACCAUGGUCCCUAACUAAACAAAUUCUCAAAGAAAACGGAAUUAGUGGGAUGUACAGAGGAUUGACUUCAACGAUAGCUCGAGAAAUGCCUGGAUAUUUCUUUUUCUUUGGAGCUUACGAACUGACAAGAGAACUUCUGGCAAAACCUGGACAGACAAGGGAUGACAUAGGUUGGCAAAAAACGAUGGUCGCCGGUGCUGUUGGUGGAAGCGUGCUGUGGCUCGUGAUUUUCCCUGCUGAUGUCGUUAAGAGUAGAAUUCAGGUUCAAAAUUUAAAGACACCUGCUCUAGUAAUAAUGAAGGACAUCGUGAGAGCAGAAGGAUUCAGUGCCUUAUACAAUGGUCUGAAGCCUACGUUAAUCAGGACCGUUCCAGCGACGGCAACACUUUUUGUUACUUACGAAUACGUUAAGAAACUGAUGCACCGCGUUAUGGAUUAGCGCGUGAACUAUUAAACUUCCAUGUAGCAAAUUCUUAUUUUUUUAUUCAACUAUAGCGUGUCAACAAAGAGAUUAGCGCCUAAUCUCUGUCAAGUUCGAUGUAUGAAUGUAAGAGUAAUUAAGGAAACAAAAACAAAUUGCACAAACGAACCACAAUCAAGCAACCAAUCAAGUGAGACAAUAAUGCAUUUUUCUCGUGCUCAGGAAUCUACAUUGUAUUCGUGUAAAUAAUGCUGUAAGAGCUCAGUAAAUAAAAUGUAUUUUAUUUUAGAUAUAAUAUUCACGUGUAUUAACUAUGUACAUUGCGCGACUUAUUCACUAUUGUGAUAAAAGCAGCUCUUGUAAAUCCUAAAAGGUCUAUAUUAACGUUGUCCACGUCGGAGUACUAAUUUUAAUGUUGUUGUGAACAAAUGAGAAUAAAUAUUAUCUAAAUAAAAGA